AUGGAACUCAUGAUCGUGUAUAGAUUUUUGCGCAAGAUCUCGGACUGGACUUUGUCUGGUUUCUAUUCCGAGGUCUGCAUCACAGGAGGCGAGAACGUGCCGCGGGACGGACCUGUGAUCAUUGCUGCGACUCAUCAUAAUGAAAUUAUCGACAUUGCGGCGCUAUCCGCGACGAUAUCGUAUCGUCGUAGAGUAUGUUACUGGGCAAAAUCGUCUCUUUUCAAGAACCCCAUAUCCGGCGCUCUGCUCACUUCCUCAGGAAGCAUCCCCGUUUACCGUAACCCCAACAGCUCUUCAUCGCCGUUUCCGUCGAAUAGCAACAGCUUGCAAGCAAACUUAUUUCGCCAUACCUCCGCCGCUCUUGCAGCUGGCAAGGUUAUCGGUGUAUUCCCCGAGGGAACGUCGUACACGGAGCCCAGAAUCGUGCAAGUGAAGGACGGUGCAGCGUGGGCUGCGGUAGGAGAAGGCAAGGAGUUGGUCAUUGUCCCCGCAGCGGUAGUCUAUACUGACAAGUCCAAAUAUGGCAAACCAAUAGGGGUCGGCGAAUAUGCAGCAAGACUGGAUCCGGAGAGUGCUGAGAGCACGCGUUUUGUGGUUAAAGAGAUCACUGCGGCGAUCGAUUCUCAGCUCAAGCACAUGACUGUGAACGCUCCUGACUGGAAAACACUCCGUGCGGCUUGCGCAGCAAGAAGGGUGUUUUGGAAGAACGAGGAUCGCAUCCCGCUUGACAGAUUUGUCGGUAUCUCUCAAAAGUUUGUCGAUGCAUUGUUGCCAAGAAGCGAUGAAAUGGAAACACGGAAGACCAUUUUGAAUAGAUACCUUGCGCUUCUGCACUUCACCGGCACUUCUCAUUCAGCUCUGGAAGUCCUCUACCCAUUCGUCGAUCACAGUGAAGACUUUCUUAUGCGACCCCUCCUUUGGCCAUCUCGUAUCCGCACUGGUGUGACACUCCUGUUCCAACUAUGCACCACCAUGUUUCACCCUCGUGCCCUUCUCUUCUUCCCAGUAUUCGUGGUUCACAUUCCAGGGUAUAUCACUGGCUGGUUCGCUGCACGGAUGUUGACGAUACCGAACGAGGAAGAGACCAAGGCUCAGUUUAAGGCUAUAUUUGGCGGUCUGGGAUUUGCCAUAUCCUAUGGCCUGCUCACGCGAGCAUGCGUGAAACAGGGACUAUUGAAUAGAGCGCUCGGUACUCUCGCUAUGGCAGUUGGGAUGACUUGGUCCCUUUGGAAGUGGCACAACGCCCUUGUUGUCCUCACCACAGCAUCGCUGUUCAACGUCUUGGCGCCCUGCGAAAACUGA